AUGUCGUCGUCGUCGUCGUCAGCGGGCCUCCCGUGGCAGGCGCGCGGCGGCGGUGUCUUUGACUUCGGGCAGGGCAGCGCGCUGGUGCUCGCGUCGUACCCGGUGCUCCUGCUCCUCGUCCUUCUCUCCGCGUUCGUCAAGUACGUCUGGAUCGCGCUCGCGCUCUACUGCGCGAUCCUGUUCGUGCUCUCCUGCACCGGCCGCUUGCUCGCCGGGCCGGUGGUGUUCGUGCACGACGAGGCCAGGGCGGCCGUCGAGCGGGGCGGCCUAUCGCAGGCGUCCAUUGCUGCUAUCCCGGCGUUCGUGUACGCUGCCGCUGCCGGCGACGGCGAGGCCCAGUGCGCGGUGUGCCUGGAGGCUCUGUCCGGCGGGGAGGAGGCGCGACGGCUGCCGGUGUGCGCGCACACGUUCCACGUCGGGUGCAUCGACAUGUGGUUCCACUCGCAUGCGACCUGCCCGGUCUGCCGCUGCCAUGUCGAGCUGCCCAAGGCCGGCAAGAUGGCGCCGUUGCCGCCAGAGCUGCCUCUCCCGCCGGUGUAGUUGUCGCUGACUGUGCCAGUACAUAAGAUUGUACACAUUUAAAUUUGAGAUCCCUC